CUGCCUUCAUCACUUUGCAAGAAGAUUACGAGCCGACGCUGCAAUUUUUUCAAAAUUUAACGUCCAAAAUGGCGCCAAAUGCAUUCAACUUGUCCAUCCUGUUGCUGAUGAGAAAAGCCUACGAAAAGGACGUUUCAAUUCAGGAACGGAUCGAACAAUUCCGCACCGAUCACCCGGACAAAACUCCGUUGAUUCUCGUCGACCUGAUGCACAUCGACAAGCUCCAGCACGGACAGCCCAAGCAGAACCGCUAUCGGAACGCUUGCGGUCCCAAUCUGGCCCAGCUGGCAUCGAUCGAGUCGGUGCUGCAGUUUCUGCACCGCCAGCAGUGCCGGCUGGUGUUCUUUGUGGCCGGUCCCGACAACCGUGACCUGCAGCAGGACGAACAUCUGAACGAGUUCAGGACGUGCCCGAAAGACAUGCGCUACGAUCGGGACAUCGGGCUGAUCGAUGCGCUUUCUGCGCCGAAUGUGAACUACCGAGAGGCGGUGGACCGCUUUGGGCACAUUCCGACGGAUCGGAUUCUGUUCGAUUCGAUCGUGAAAGUGGCCAUGAGGUGCGCUCGCUGGAGAUGGCCCGAUACGUCGUUGAUCAUCCGGACACGCUGGCCGUGCUGGGCAAAUUCAGCACGAUUCUGUUGACCGCGGGUGUCCCACAGCUUAAGCUUUGGUACAUUCCGAAUCUGAACC